CUUCUUCUCGUGGAAGGCAGAAUGUCGGAAAGCGCAGCUUCAGAAAGCGCGUCUCGCGUUUCCGCCAUGAUCAAGUCUCUGAGCGUGUCGUCCGAAGGCUCCCUCCCGCCGCUGGAGGACGACGCGGACUCGGUCUGCUCCGACGAGCUGCUGGGCUCCCAGUCCCGCAGCUGGCUCGCGGACCUCUUUAAGAGCGGCGACGUGAUGCCGGAAAACGGCGACGCGAGCACGGUGGGCCGGGACGGGCUGUUCGUGGACUACCACUUCCCCCUGGGGGAGCUGGAGCUGCAGGCCGGGGUCAAGUGGAAACGACCGAAGGAGCUCACCUCGUCGCCCCAGUUCAUCAUAGACGGAGCCACUCGCCUGGACGUCCGCCAGGGAAAGCUCAAUGAUUGCUGGUUGCUCUCGGCCAUCGCGUCCCUCUCCAUGCAUCGCUUCCUGCUCAAUAAGGUCAUGCCUGAAGGGCAGAGCUUCCAAGACGGAUACAAGGGCUGCUUCAUCUUCUGGUUCUGGCAGUACGGUCAGUGGGAGGAGGUGAGGAUUGACGACUUGUUGCCGACUCAGGACAACAGUCUGAUCUACCUCAGCUCCCCAGAGAGACACGAGUUCUGGAGCUCCCUGCUGGAGAAGGCCUACGCCAAGCUGAAAGGUGGCUACCGAGCUCUGGACAUGGGCUUCCCUCAUGAGGCCAUGGUGGAUAUGACGGGCGGGGUGGCCGAGGUGCUGCAAAUCUCCUUACUGCCCCGAGACCUGCUGGCCUUUUUCAGACACCUGCUGGCUAAAGGGGCGCUCAUCAACUGUGCCAACUGCCAGGGUGCUUUGGAGCAGAGGGAUGAACUGGGGAUCAUGUUCCGACAUGCCUACUCUCUGACUGCAGUAGAGGAGGUGGAGACGACACACGGCACCAAGGAUUUGGUCCGCCUCCUUAACCCCUGGGGCAACACAGAGUGGGAGGGGCCCUGGAGCGACUUAAAAGGUCCAGAGUGGAUGACGGUGAGCAUGGAGGAGCAGAAAAGGCUGGAUCGAGUGAGACGAGAGGACGGAGAGUUCUGGAUGUCGGUGUCAGACUUCCGACAGCACUUUGAGACGAUGGAGGUGUGUCACCUGAUCAACGCUCUCAGCAAGCCAGGGUCCACCAUGCGGCCGUGGUGCUGCGUGAUGCAUCAUGGGAACUGGGUGCCAAACACCACGGCGGGAGGCUCCGCCAAUGGGGGUAUGUUCUGGCAGAACCCUCAGUACUACUUCACCCUGUCGGAGGUGGACAGCGGCACAGCCAACUCUCACAAGAACUGCUCCUUCGUUUUGAGUCUGAUGCAGAAACACCAGAGACGUAGGGGCGUUAACCUGGCGAUAGCCCUGCAUAUAUACCCGGCCAAUUCCAAGAACACAUACCUGUCCCCCGAGGACCUGAGAGUGCUCCGCCCGGUCCUCUGCUGCCCCAACUACUCCACGCGCCGGGAGGUGGUGCUCCGUGGCUCCCUCCCGCCGGGCCGCUACAUCAUCAUCUCCUCAACCGCCGUGGCCAAUCAGAAGGGAGCGUUCCUCCUCCGGGUGCUGACGGAGCAGGGCAACGCUGCCACUCUAUCCCGCAAACCGCAACUCGACAGCCUUCCAUUAACAGAGUAUUCAUUUCCUCACGAGGCUGCUCUUCCUUCACCUAAAUCUAUCAAACAGCUGUUCAAGAAGCACUGCAGCAACAAGGGGCUUUGCAAACCGGUGCAUCUCCACAACCUGCUGAACGAGGCCUUGCAGGGAGGAGUGUUGGCCGGCAGCGAGAAGUACUUAGUCCUGGAGCACUGCAAGAGCCUGGUGGUGCUCAUGGAUAGCCAAGGCAACGCUCGGCUGAACUGGCCCGACUUCCAAGCAUUGUGGGACAAGAUCAGGAGGUGGACGGAUAUCUUCCUGAUCUUUGACAUAAACAAAACACACCACCUGGAGUACAAAGAGGUGGCCCCCGCCCUGAAGAAAGCAGGCAUCAUGGUGGACGAUUUGAUAAUGCAGCUGGUCGGACUGAGGUACACGGAGCCUGAUAUGACCAUCAGCUUCCCCGGCUUCCUGUAUCUGCUGAUGAAGCUGGAGAGCAUGAUCCACAAAUUCCAAGCGUUCGACAUGGUGGGGAUGGGAAGCGUCACCGUGAGCUACAGACAGUGGCUCCACAUGACCAUGUACAACUGACCUGGUCCAGGACGGAUUUAUCGGGAUCAGCUCUGUUCAGAGUCCAGUGUAGCAAACCGUGACGUCGUCAAACAGUAGCAACGGAAACGUCUUGAGAACGCUCUUCAGUCAUGGAAACAUCCCAGGUCAAAGGUCAAAGCUGUGAGAGGGAAAGUGAAGUUUAUGAUUCACUGACAUUCGAUGAAUGUAACUUUCCAUCCCCCUGUCUGUUGUGGCAGUUACCAGCAGUGUCAAAUAAUCACCUGAACACUAAAGCUGAAUGUAUUUUUAUAGAAAUGUCCCCGUUAUUGUGAGUUUUAAAGUUAAGUAGUUAUUGUGUGUAUUAUUUUCAUGCCAACAAGUCUGAGUUGAUUCAUAAUUAAUUUCUCUGCCCUCCACUAUGCAUUUCUUUUAAUAUAUGUACUAAUAACAUUGUGAUGCCAUAAAGCACUAAAGUGAUAA